AUGCUCGCUCGCCGUGCCCUCUGCGCUGCUCCAGCGCACUCGCGUGCUGUAUCGUCUAUUGCACAGAAAUACGCACAAGCUGCGUACAAUGCAGCGCUCGCUCAGUCGCCCAACACGCUCAAGCAGCUCGACCAGGAGCUUACGGCCAUUUCCUCGGCCCUCCAGUCGACUCCAUCCCUCGCUGCAUUCGUCAAUAAUCCAACUAUUUCUGCAAAUGACCGUGCAAAGGGUCUCCAGGCCCUCUUUGCCGCCGCCGAGGGACCGAAGAAAACUCCAGUUUCGACAGCGACAAAGAAUCUGUUCAACGUCCUCUCGGAGAAUGGACGCCUUGCAGAAACCUCUGGGGUCAUCGAGGGAUUUACUGCGCUCAUGAGUGAGUAUCGUGGCGAGGCUACCGUCGUCGUCACAUCGGCAACACCGCUGCCAAAGGAUAUCAUGACCCGCCUCGAAAACUCACUCAAGAGCUCGCAAGCAGCGCAAAAAGCAAAGAGCUUGAAGAUUACCAACAAGGUUAACCCGAGCGUCCUUGGGGGUAUUGUCGUCGACUUUGGAGAUAAGACGAUUGAUCUUAGCGUCGCUUCUCGAGUCAACAAGCUCAACGCUCUGCUACAAGAGUCCGUUUAG